AUGAGGACUACACUUCAAGUACUUCUACUUUUCUGCCUUCAGUACACAGUCUCUGCUGUGAUAAGGAUAAAACGAGGCGGAUAUGGCAGACCAUCGUACGUACCACCGCCACCGCCGACGUAUGUGCCGCCACCGAAGCCGUAUGUGCCGCCACCACCCCCGUAUGUGCCACCGCCAAAGCCGUACGUACCACCACCCACGUAUGUGCCACCACCCACAUACGUACCACCGAGGCCGUCCUAUGGGCCACCUGUACCCAGUUACGGACGACCGCCAUAUGUUGGAGGAAUUGGAGGAAUAGGAGGAGGAUUUGGUCCAGCUAGCUUCGCAACCCAAGGAGGAGGAGCGCCAGGAGGCACCUUGGGAGGCGAUCCAGGGGCGUUUGGACGAAGCGGUGCAGGCGGCAUGCCUCCUACCUUGACCACCAUGGAUAUGGGUGGAUUAGGUGCAAGCGGUAAUGCAGGAAACUUUCCAACAAGCGGUGGAGCGCAAGAAUUUGGCCCAAGUAUGCUGACAAAAGCGAAAUCUGCACCCCAAAUAGGAGGGGCACUGAUUUAG